GAUCGGCUCUCCGGCAGGCCCCUCUGACAGCAGUCAGAUCAGUCGGGAUAUGGCGUCGCUGCUCCGACACGGGAUGAAUUUUCACCUCUCCGCGGGAGUCUGCGGGCGGCGCACCGGGACGGCGCUGCGUUUCUGCCGCUGCUGAGACGGAUCCUACAUGGCGAUGGAGGUCGAGGACAACAACGCGGCGGUCGCUGCGGCGAACGUUCAAGCGGGCAUCGGGAAAGGAGGGGACGUCGGAGAUAACGGGGCUUGCAUAGACAGGCAGCCGGACACGGUGGUCCACCAGGCGGGGCUGAAUCCGACUGCGGGUCGCGGCAGCCGCAGUGGACCGGGGGCUCACGCUGCAACCGGGAUCCGAGUGCUAAAGCGCAACAUAAAGCGUAACGGCAGCCGCGGCUGCGUGACGAGAAAGACCAGAUUUGGAUCGCGAGAGCGGGACUGGCUGAAGGGGGAUCCCCAGCGAGGCUGUGUGUGUCUGUAUGGGGGCACGGUGGACCCCCAGCCGCCUGCCUCUGGCCCUCAGGCCUCCUCCACCCCUCAGACUGACCUGCAGCUUGUACUCUGCUCCACCAGCACCACAGUGGAGGAGCUGUGUGCUCAGAGGGAUGGGCAGGCGCUCUACGUCCAGCUGCAUGGAGACCUUGUCAGGAGGCUCGAGCCCUCGGAGCGUCCGCUGCAGAUGGUGUACGACUACCUGACGUCGAUGGGCUAUGCAGACCCUGUGCGAGUGCAGCAGGAAGCCGCCAAUUCGGACCUCAGCUGUCUGAUCCGCUUCUACAGCGAGCGUCCGGUGAACGCAGACCAGCUGGAGCGCACUUUGCUGAAAGGCGUGUUCAGCGUCAGGAAGGGCAAGACGCAGCUGCACAAGUGGGCGGAGCGGCAGGUCAUCCUCUGCGGCACCUGUUUAAUCGUGGCCUCGGUGAAGGACAGCCUGACCGGGAAGAUGCACAUCCUGCCCCUGGUGGGGGGGAAGGUGGAGGAGGUGAAGCGGAGGCAGCACUGUCUGAUGUUCAGCUCGGCUGGAUCCCAGGCCCAGACGUACUUCGUCAACUUUGACACACUCGCCGACUACCAGCGGUGGCAUCGGCAGGCGUCAAAAGUGGUGUCUCAGACAAUCAGCCUGGUCGACCUCUCCUGCUACAGUCUGGAAUCGGUUCCUGAGUAUCUGUUUUACAGUCAGGAUAUCACCCACCUCAACCUGCGACACAACUUCAUGAGCCUGCAGGGUCCUGAAGGCCUGCUCAACCUCUCUAGGUUUUCCCAGCUAAAGAGUCUGAACUUGUCUCACAACCGCCUGGGUGUUUUUCCUGAAUGUGUGUGUGAGAUCCUCACGCUAACUGAGCUCAACCUCUCCUGCAACAGUCUCCACAGCAUCCCGGCGCAGAUCGGAAAUCUCCAAAACCUGCAGACGCUGUCUUUGGACGGGAACCACCUCAGCUCCCUGCCCGAAGAGCUGGGUGGCCUGUUUCAGCUCAAUAGCCUGGGGCUCUCAUUCAACAACUUCUCUUCCAUCCCUGCUGUGCUGGAGAGACUGAGCGCAGUGGACAAGCUGGCUAUGGCCGGGAACAGAGUGGAGAGUCUGGAGUUGUGUACUUUGGUCAGAAUGAGCCACCUGAAAAACAUUGAUCUCCGCUUAAAUGGGCUGCGAUGGGUAAAAAGUGAGAGUCUAGAGGCAGUGAACCAGGUGACCCAGCUGGACUUACGAGACAAUUGCCUGGACUCGCUGGACCUGAGCUCCAUCUGCAACCUGGAGACUCUGCACUGCCAGCGCAACCGGCUGGGGACCCUCACGCUCAGCGGCUUCACGCUGCGCAUGCUCCACGCCAGCAGCAACCGCCUGACGACAGUCAACGUCUAUCCCGUUCCGAACCAGCUGACGCACAUGGACCUAUCGCAGAAUCUCUUGGAAUACCUUCCAGACUGGGUGUGUGACUGCAGAAAAAUUGAGAUGCUGGACGUCACAAACAACCUCCUGUCUCAGCUUCCUUCCAGACUGCUCAACAGCUUGAGUUUGAGGAAGCUGCUGACGGGGAACAAUCGUUUGCAGAGAGUGCCUGACCUACUUGACCACGUCCCUCUGGAAGCUCUGGACCUCCAGCACAACAGGCUAGCUGAGCUUCCUGAGAGUCUCUUUUACAAGGCCUUAAACCUGAAAUACUUAAAUGUGUCAGCCAAUGCCCUGGAGAGCAUUCCCCCCAGCAGCCAGUCAGAGGAGAGCCUCAGCACGCUCCAGGAGCUCUACCUGACAGGAAACAACCUCAACGAGAACUGUGGAGCCCUGCUGGUCGGACACCAGAACCUGCGCGUCCUCCACAUCGCUUAUAACCAGCUGCUCUCGUUUCCAGCCAGUAAGCUGAGCAAGCUGGAGCUGCUGGAGGAGCUCAAUCUAAGUGGCAAUAAGCUAAAGACCAUCCCCUCCACCGUGUCAAGCUGUAAGAGGCUGCACACCCUCAUCGCACACUCCAAUCACAUCACUGUCUUCCCAGAGAUCCUCAGCUUGCCAGAGAUCAAGCUUGUGGAUGUGAGCGGCAAUGAGCUGACUGAGAUCCAGCUGCCUGAUUCUCUGCCUGCGACUCUUCAAGAGCUGGACCUGACGGGCAACAGCAGCCUCAUACUGGAACACAAAACUCUCAAUCUCUUCAGCCACAUCACCACCUUGAAAUUGGACCAGAAAUCCACCACGACAGCCACAGAAACACCUAAUGUCUCAACUCCCUGGAAUCAUGGUUACUCUGAAAUGAGUGGCCAAAGAAACAAAUUGUGUGUGUCCGUGCUCGCGGUCGACCGGUUCAGAGACCGCGCGGAGGCGUGCUAUGGUAUCUUCGAUGGGGACCGUAACGAGGAAGUGCCCCGGCUGUUGCAGUGCACCAUGGGGGACGUGCUGUGUGAGGAACUGCAGCACUCCAGUGUUGACAGUGUGUACAUGUGCAACACUUUCCUGACCUCACACAGGAAACUCGGGAUGGCUGGACAGAAGCUGGGUGCGUCUGCCUUGCUGUGUUUCAUCCACCGCGAGACGUCAGAUCCUGGAGGCUACUUCAGUCUGACUGUGGCCAACGUGGGAACCUGUCAAGCUGUGCUGUGCAGAGACGGACGACCUGUUCCCCUUUCCAAGGUUUAUAACCUUGAGAACUGCACUGAUGAGAUGGAGAGGGUUAAACUCAGUAAAGCCAUUAUUACAGAGGACAACAAAGUGAGUGGAGUAACAUGCUGCUCUCGCCUGCUGGGCUGCUCUUAUCUGUCUCCCUGGGUGCUUCCGAAGCCCUGGGUGCACACCGAGCCACUCUGUUCCCAGGAUGACUUCUUGAUCCUGGGGAAUCGAGCGCUCUUUGAGCGCGUGUCCUACCAGGAGGCGGUCUGCACGGUGCAGGCUGUGCGGGAUCCGCGUGCCGCCGCCAAGAAGCUGUGUUCCCUCGCCCAGAGUUACGGUUGCAAGGACAACAUCGGGGCUGUGGUGGUGUCCCUCCGUAUUGGAGAGGACAGCUGUACUUGUGAGCCACCGGUGUCCACCACUGAACCGCGAGGUCCCCCGCCCGCCCCAGUGCCUGUGUCGGUGACCCCGGGACCCAGCGACACCGCCACGCUUUCAUCCAGCAGCGGGAUCGUCACUGAGUUCAGCAGCGAGACGUCGGCUUCAGAGGUCGGCAGCGAGGCCGGGUCCACCGCUUCAGACGAACACCCGUCCCGUCCGGAGAGACGCUGUAGCCUACACCCUGCCACUACGCUCUGCGGGAUCAUGGUACCGGGUUCCGCCGGUACGGGAGCCCACCCGGGCCUGUUCCAGCGGCAGCCCUCCAGCGCUACGUUCUCCAGUAACCAGUCCGACAACGGCUUGGACAGUGAUGACGAGGCUCCACUUGAGGGCGUUAUCUCUAAUGGCAGCAAGUUAGAGGUGGAGGUAGACAUUCACUGCUGUGCUUUCCAGCUUCGGUCAGGGGCGCAUCAGACCCCCAAAGACUUGGACCUUGAGAAGCGAGGCUCUGACUACCCCAACGGCAAAAUGCGCAGACAGAACAGCGUGGUGGUUUCUGCUACAAACGGCUGCCUGCUGGCUGUAUGUGGCAGAGAGAUAGCUGACCUCAAAAAGUCCCCUUCCACAUCCAGCCUGUUCGGUAAGAAACUGUCCAACGGGUCUGUCGUCGCCCCUGAAGACAGCCAUAAUCUUAUAGAGGUUGCUCUCGAGGCCCCUAAGAAAAAGUCUGGCUAUUUCACUGCCCCAGCGCAGCUGGAUCCGGAAGACCAGCUGAUUGUGCCUCCGAGUCUGGAGCAGGAAGUCAGAGAGCAGCUGAGAGGCCAAAGUCCUCUUAUCUCAGGCCCGUCUGCACCGUCCACACCCACCUCCUUAAAAGAUUCUGUGUGGGAUCAUCCGCACCCACCUGCUUUUGCCUCCAACCUUGUCCCGGGUCCAGGCCCAGCUCCCAUCCUCCAGCGGGAAGUCUAUGAUACUGCCCUCUAGAGGAGGGACGCUGCACAGUGCCACGUGGCUACCACUCUGUGUUUGUGCCAUUCUAGGGAAAAAGAUUUUUCUCACACUUGUGGGACUUUGCAGUUAAAGUUGUCACUCAAAUGUUGUGUGAGGAUGAAACCGACCUGUUGGACCUCAUUCAGUCACGAAGCAAUGCCACGCCGACAAUAUGUGGUGCGGCAGUCCAUGGUCUAAGCAUCUACAAGCAUGGCGGUGAGUAAAGAAGCCUGUUGAAAGGACAGCUGGCGAGGAUGACAAAAACAAGCCUGACCUAAAAUGGGAUACCUCGAAUGUUCGAACAUGUCAGCAGCAUUUCCCUUUACUUGGAAAGCCAAGCAGUCUGAAGGGUUUGGGAGAGAUCGUGUCAAAUCUCCUCUCCGGGGGCCUCGUGGUCUCUCAGGUCCUGGAGAGGAGCCCUGUAACUGAAACUCAAAAAAAGUGCCUAUUACAGAUGACACGACGUGAAGCUCGCUACAUCCAAGUAGAGCUUGGAUUUGUAAGGUUGUUAGCUGAGUUUGGAGGAGGAUGAAGGUGUCUCUAAGAGAACGGCAUCGGCACAGAUCCUGCUCUCCUCCUCCACCUGUGGUUUGAAGUGAAACCGGACAGAAUAAAUAUUUCUGAGAUAAGUAAAACUAAAAGAUGUGAAGACACGAUAACUGCAUUUACUUGGCCACGUUUGUUCUGGCUGGGCUUUAUUUUUAAGAUUCCCACACAAUGAUUACAGGAUCUUCUAAAAAUGAUAAAUCAGUUCUGUUAUAAUCUAGGACACACUAACCUGACAGUCAGCUGGUGUGGUGCGCUUCAGCUGCUGAUAUGGUUUUUGAAUAGUUUUGCAAUUUAGAACAAUUCAGUGUCAAAGUCAUUCAACUGUACAGAGCUGAUGUGUUGUGGAGUUCAUAGAUCCUCAUAACAAUGUAAUAUGUGGCAGUGUGUGAUCAAGCAAUCUCCUCAAAAAAUAGUUUUAGGAAAAUAAAAAUAUAAAUUCAAAAUAAGGCACUUUUAUGAUGGCAGUUGGAGAGAAGGCGGGAAGCAUUGCAACGUCUGGCAUCUUCUGCUUUCAGUCAAGGCACUAAACAUGUGAAGCAGAGAAAUAUAGUAGCAGUAUUUGUACUGUGUUUGAGAAUAUCACCAUAGCUACUGAGAUUGUAUAAUUUUAUCCACUGACUCUUUGGAAAGUUGCCACCUUUUUAAAUCAAUCCGUAUCCCUGCAGAUCAGUUCGGCUACUCACAUUUUUACACCUCAGCAAAUAAAUUUAGUUCUUGAGUAUACCCCCUUCA